CGUGUGCGUAUCACUACUGGCUACGCACUGUAAAGUGAAUGAUUACUGAAUUAUAUUGUUGACAGCCAGGAUUUCAAACUUACGAUUGUCCGCAACUUGUUUCCACUUAUAAACCCAUACGCUGGUCCCUUUUUAACAACAAUUCUGACGUGGGCGACAUAAUCAAACAUCCAUGUUGCUGUAGCAUUUCUUAUGCGGAAUUUGCGCUGAAUUUAUAGCUUCAAUCCGAAAUAUAUUUUUUCUUUGUAGAGCUUGCGCAGUUACGGAGUCGGCAAUAGCGCGUAUUCCUAGCGAAUGAUCAGAUUAUUGGAGUUUAACAAUGAAGGUGAGAUGAUCAGCUGUUUCAGCGUGCCUGCAUUAAAAUUUGUAGCCAGAUGAGCCGAAUGAGCGAAUUACAACACUAUACAUAUUGCAAAUGUCACCCGAAACUGGAAGCGGCAAAAACAUGAAAUGACGCAAUCUGGCGGUACAGUAUUAAUUGCACAAGAUGGUAGCCGUGUUGUCCGAGUGGGAUUGGUGGGUGUACGAGGCGUUUCCGGUGGGGCGACCGUGUUAACGUUCCCUUAAAGGAUGUGGCCGGCCUGCUGCUGGCUGUUGAGCAGUUUCCGCCAAGUGCAUCCUCAGACGCCUUAAGUGUCUUCUCGGGGGAAGAAACUGCUGUUCGUUCAGAUUAUCAAUCGAUCUCGAUAAACAAAUCAUGCCAUUCAGUGUCCAGAGAGUUCUGCUGUUCUAUUAUGUACUAUUGGCUAUCGCAGAAAGAAACAUUUUCGUCCAAUCAGCAGCCAGUGGUAGCAAAACGCUAACCGUGGUGGAGAACAUCGUGCAGUACUCGGAAGCGGCCAUGGACGCCAAAGCCAAGUCCAAUCCGGCGCGUAAUGCGCCGCCGGCCGUAGUUGCCGGCGGCGACUCCAGCCGUUUCGUCACCGCAGGGAUUCCCCGGAAGACGGCCUCGAAAUUUGCUAUUAGUAUAUCUCGUGCCAGGGAAAAAAUUGCCCAGACAUUCAAGUUCAUUGUCCGACCGAAAUCCAGCGUGGCGCGACCGGCUGUGGCACAGCUGAUUGCGCCGGUUUACAAGAUUGACGGAGGUUCACGGAAUAAUCAUAUCGAUCAGCUGGUGAAUAGCAUAAUGAUGCAUACGAAUCGCAGUGUUUUGUACGACGCGGAAUUGAAGUCUAUGAUCGUUACACAAGCGGAAAUGCGGACAAUGACGGCGGAGAAUGGCCAGAGUAACAUUCUGAUUCACUCCAAAUUGAUUGAUGUUUGUUGGUUGUAUCGGUGGAAUUUCGAGUUCCCGCUAGCGCGAUUACCCGGCGUAAUCAUCGCUUUUCUGGCUGAUGACACCAUUUCGGGCAGCAAUUUCCAGGACAAGGCUGACUUCUUGGCUGGAUUUAUGCAGCAUGCACUGGAUGUGUACAAUAAGAUGCGCCAGAGUCCGGAGAGACUGUUUACCGUUUUCCAAAUUCCAUCGGGUACAAUUCUUAAACACUGUGAAGCGGUCGCAGCCGAGGAACCGUUCACGAUUGCCGUACACAAUCUGCUGGGAAUCUAUUCGGCGCACACUAUCCACAGGGAAUUUCUUGCCGAUUUGGUGGAAGCCAGCACAGUUUGCACUGACGAAAUCGCCAAAGAACCUGUGUUCCAUGAAGUUAGCCCAUGCUUCUUUUAUAAAAUUAAUGUCAGCCAGCUUCUCGAUUUGAGAAAACCUGAUAGUAUAUUCCGCAACGACGAUAUCUGCCGGUACUACUUCAGUCCUCCUAUGUUAUCCUGCAUUUCGCGAGCUUGGUCGUCGAACUGCACAGUCGACAUGCUGUUGACAAUCAACAUGUUCAUUAGGAAUUUCUUUCUGUGUGCGGAAUCGCUUCCUAGGGACACGGCAAUCUUACUCCAGGAUGAUGAAUAUUUACGAGAUUUCGAAAAGUUGUACGGUUCAGCUUCGCCGAUCUGUCAAAUAGGAGUGUUUGGAUUUAUUCCAAAAACCGUACUGUGCGUUUCAACUAUAUUUUUGCGCCUGAAACUCACGCUGUGGUAAUGCACACGGUUUUGCAACUGACUGCUUUUUUAGCAUUUCCUUAAAUUAUUUGCAGAAUCGAAACAGUAUUUCAAAUUGUUUUUGACAAUUACGAAUUAGCUCAUGAUCAGAGAGCUUGUUCUUUUUUUAACUUUCGUUACAUGUUACGUGCCUUACAAACGUGUAAAUACUGUAGCUGCAGUUUAGCGGUGUCUUUCUAUGGAUUUGGUCUCUGUUGUGAUGCACA